CGAGGGCGUCCGGGGUAGUCGAGGUCCGAACUGGGUGUCCGAACCUUGAAGCCACGAGACUAUCCUCUCGAGCCUCGAAGCAAGGCCGAUCGGGUCUGCUCCUUAAGUUACAAAGCUCUCCCAGCUCCCUUAUCCAUUCUUUCCUUACGUCCAGACCUCUACAAGUCAUCAUGUCCAAGUAUUCCGAAGCCAGCUCCACCGCACCUCAAGGCCUCAACAUCAUCAUCGUGGGUGGUGGUAUUGCGGGUCUUGCUGCAGCACGGACCCUACGAGAGCGCCACAAUGUGACUGUGCUCGAGCAAUGGGGAAUGAAGUCUGAGACAGGAGCUGCCAUUCACACCGGGCCCAAUGCUUCCAAGCUGGUUCUGAAGUGGGGAGUCGAUUUGUCAGAGAGUCCCCAUUUCAAAGUGGUGCGCGAGCACACCGGCAAGGGCAAGAAGGUCAUGGAGCAGCGCCUCGACCCAGCCGCCAUGUGGGGUGCACCGUGGCUGCUCAACCACCGUGUGACUCUGCACAAACAACUCUUGGCAAACGCCACCGCUGAUGACGGCACGGUCCCCGGUAAGGCACCCAAAAUCUUGCUGGGCAAGAAGGUAGUCCGGGCCAAUGUGGACGACACUUCAGUCACUCUUGAUGACGGCACCGUCUUGAAGGCAGACAUUCUCAUUGCGGCCGACGGAAUUAGGUCUGUCAUCCAACGCGAAGUCAUCGGCGACACACUGGUAGCCAAGCCAAGCGGUCACUCAGCCUACCGCUGCCUGAUUCCAGGAGAGCCAAUCAAGGCCGAUCCUGAAUGGAGCUACCUCUUCGACACAUCGGGUUGCAAUAUCUUCCUGGCCGAAGAUCGCCGAGUCGUUGCCUACACUUGCGCUUAUCAAGGUCGAGACUACAUCAACAUCGUAGCUGCUUGCCCAGACAAGUCGCUGUCCGAGGGAGUCGAUUCAAAGGAGAGCUGGUCUGAGAGAGGCUCCGUCGCUGAGCUCGUCAAGACCUUUUCAGACUUCUCACCCGCAAUCCAGCGGUUAUUGUCCUACAGUGAAGAGUGUGGUCUGUGGCAACUGCGAGACCAAGACCCUCUCAAGAAUUGGCACAAGAACCAGACCGUACUGAUUGGUGAUGCAGCUCAUCCAAUGCUGCCGCAUCUUGGUCAGGGUGGCUCACAAGCAAUCGAGGAUGCAGAUAUGCUGGGCUACUUGUUCAAGGACGUGGACUCAACAGCGUCGCACAGCCUCAUCGAGAAGAGGCUGCAGAAAUUCUUUGAAUUGCGGUGGCCGCGUGCUACCUUCUGUCAAGAGAACAGCAGAUCGCAAGCUCUAGGUGUCCGUGAGAACGACGCCGAGCUUGGUGUGCCCAUCUUGAACCCCUUGAAGACCGCUCACUAUCUCUAUACCUACGAAGACGGAGAGACGUGGGCUGCUCAGCAGGCAGAGGUGGGAAAGGCCAAGAAUGAGUCCAUGCUUGACGCAGUUGACAGAUCCAUCACUGUCCCGCCUCAAGUAGCACAGGCCACCGCACCACAGGUUGCAACCAUCUGAUUCGUAGCGUCCUCAUUGUACUUUCGUCUGCUUCACAUCGUCAUCGUCAAUUUCACCAUUCACGC